ACAGUACUUUGCUGCAAUAUACCACGUCGCGAUUAUAAGGGCAUUGUGUACAAUUUGUACUUCGUGAUUUGAACGUCUUCCAGGGUUUAUCCUACGAUAUAAGAUUUAAUUUCAAUCAAUCUUCCUCCUCGUUAACUUUGUUUACGGUCAUGGACCAAUAGGAAGCGACCCCUGAGUCCAACGAAAGCACACACUGUAAACAUUCCCAUGGAGGGGGGACGGGACCACGCGACUCUCCCACGGGCUGCUUUUGUUCCCUACGUCACUGAGCACGGGAUGACAGACACACCAGUCCUCAGGGUGAGUGUUGAACCGCGCCAUGCUGACACUUCUCCUCAGGACUGCAUGCACCAGAUGCCCCACGGAGCGCAGGUGCAGCUCCUUGUGGGGCUGAUGCGGUGGAGCAGCUACACGGGAGAGGUAAUGCGGCGGAAGUAAUCACUAGUACAGCCAGGAGCUUGCUGAAUUAAAGAAGAUCUAUUCACAUGUGGCUCAGACAGCUGGCAGCGGAAGAAAUAGAGGACGGAAAGAACCCCAAAAAGGAUCGACGUUCUGGAACUACCCCCCCCCCCCCUCCCCACCACCACCUUGUAUACGGGUUGAUCCUUUGCAAGAGGACUAAAAGAGCCAUAAUCCAGAAGACAACAUGGCUGACACAGUGAAUGCAUUGCCGUUCUUCUAUGGCAACGUCACCAGGGAGGAGGCAGAGGACUACCUGGGGCAGGCCAGCACGGGUAACGGCACAUACCUGCUGAGGCAAAGUCGAAACUAUCUCGGAGGAUUUGCACUGUCUGUGUUUUAUUCCGGCCGCUGCUACCACUACACCAUUGAAAGAGAACCCAAUGAAAUGUAUGCGAUUGCUGGUGGGAAGAGCCACAGAACCCCGGUUGAUGUGAUUGACUACCACUCUCAAGAGAUGGAUGGCCUUGUUUGUCUGCUAAAGAAGCCCUGCAACAGGCCCAGAAACAUGCAGCCAAAGAUUGGAGCGUUUGAGGACCUCAAGGAAAAAUUGAUCCGGGAGUAUGUACAACAGACAUGGAAUCUACAGGGAGCAGCUCUGGAGCAGGCCAUCAUCAGCCAGAAGCCUCAGCUGGAGAAGCUCAUUUCUACCACUGCACAUGAAAAAAUGCCUUGGUUCCAUGGAUCAAUAACACGAGAAGACUGUGAGCCAAGGCUUCAAAAUGGCUCCCGUUUAAAUGGAAAAUUCCUGAUCCGACAGCGAGAUUCAAAAGGAUCUUUCGCUCUGUGCUUACUCCAUGAACGGAAAGUCAUGCACUAUCGCAUUGACAAGGACAGGGCGGGCAAGCUUUCCAUCCCAGAUGGCAAGAAAUUUGACACCCUGUGGCAGCUGGUGGAACACUACUCAUACAAACCCGAUGGUCUGCUGCGUGUGCUAACAGAGCCCUGUCCAAGACCCAACGGAGAAACUGGGAUGUCAGGACGGCAACUCCCACCAGAUCCUUCUCGAGUAACUUCUGCCCUUCAACAUGCGGCAGAUGGAAUUUUCUCCAAACUCAGAACUGUUCCCAUACCUGGCAUAAAAAAGAAAUGGGGAUCUCGACACAACCCCACAGAGCUUCAAAAUCCUUAUGUGGCCAAUAAUCAGGUAGCCAGCAAAGAGGCCAUGCCAAUGGACACAGAUGUAUAUAAUCCAUAUGCAGACCCGGAUGAACUGAGGAGUUCUACAGUGGAUCGCAACCAGCUCUUCUUGGAGGAUGGAGAACUGGGCUCUGGGAACUUUGGGACAGUCAUGAGGGGAAUCUACAAGAUGAAAAGGACGGAGAAGACUGUUGCGGUCAAAAUCCUGAAGAACGAAGAUAACGACCAAUCGGUACGUGACGAAAUGCUGCGGGAAGCCAAUGUCAUGCAGCAGCUGGACAACCCUUAUAUCGUCCGAAUGAUUGGUAUCUGUGAGGCAGAGAACCUCAUGCUGGUCAUGGAGCUGGCUGAGCUGGGACCACUCCACAAGUUCCUGCAGAAAAACAAGCAAACAACAAUAAAGAACCUCACUGAGUUGGUUCACCAGGUGUGCAUGGGGAUGAAGUACCUGGAGGAGCAUAACUUUGUGCACAGGGACCUCGCUGCCAGGAACGUGCUGCUGGUCACACAGCACUACGCAAAGAUCAGUGACUUUGGCCUCUCUAAAGCUAUCGCUGAAGAGAACAACUACUACAAGGCAAAGGGUCAUGGGAAGUGGCCGGUUAAAUGGUAUGCUCCUGAGUGUAUAAAUUACUUCAAGUUCUCAUCCAAAAGCGAUGUGUGGAGCUUUGGGGUGCUCAUGUGGGAAGCCUACUCAUAUGGACAGAAACCAUACAAGGGAUUGAAGGGAAAUGAUGUCAUGCAGAUGAUUGAAGGUGGAAGACGAAUGGAUGCUCCAGUCAACUGUCCACCAGAGAUGUAUGACCUCAUGAGGAGUUGCUGGACAUACAAGGCGGAUGAAAGGCCCGGAUUUAAAGUUGUUGAGCCAAGACUACGAGAGUAUUAUUAUGACAUUGCAUCAUGAUUCUUCCCAUGGGUGUGGAGGGUAAUGCAAAACAAUCUGCAGAAGAACUGCCUUUACCCAUGCCUUUGCAAUGACUGGAGAUGGUAAUUAAUUAUGAAUUCUGUUGUAAAAUAUAGAAGAACUACUUUCAAACUUUUAAACAAUUACCGUAAUAAUGCAAAUCACAUUCAUUUGUAUGGCUUUUUAUUUUUUUUGUUCUUCUUUGUACUUAAUUUAAACAAUAUAGAAUAUAUAGAGAAAUCUCCGUUUGGAGAUCUAAAUAGCUCAUCCAUGUGAAUUGUGUUGAUCGGAAGAGUUUUUAUCGGGGGGGGGGGGGGAUUGAGAUUGGAGUGAGACAAGGAGAAAAGCUAAUGUUGUGAUCUUCACAAUAGAUUUGACGUGACGAGCCUUGACCAAACAGCGUAGAGAUUUCUACAGUGUCUUUAUCUUCUUUUCAUCCUUUCACUCCAAAUUUGUUGCCAACUUAGAGACUCUAUCCCUAAAUCUGACUUUCCAACUUUCUAAAUCGUCUUGGCAAAUGUAUUUUUGUCAAAAACGUCUUGAAACUUUCCCUGGCGUUAUUGGAGACUUUUCUGGCAUGAAAAGCUGAUCGUUUUGCAGUUGCAGUUCAGGCUCAGAGGAGUCAAGCAGAGCGGAGACCCACACCUCUCCACGUCCACACUGAAAAAGUAUCGUGCAUGCGCAAAACAACCACUUAUCCUAUCCUACAGCGCCUAUUACAAAUUAUGUAAAUGAAUCGAUGACAUCGAGCACAUCCCUUCUCGUUGUCACCUUUUUGAACCCUUUCGAGUUUGCAGGUACAUAGUGAAUAUAGCUGCACCAUUACUAUGUCAUUAUAGUUGUUGGAUUCAGCAUUCAAACAAUAAAGUCAUUUUUAGUUUUUCACCUUUCUACUUCUUAUGCUUGAAAUAAUAUAAAAAAAACUUUUUUUACAUGGUUUUCCGAUAGUGUCCUCUUAAACUUCUUCAACUUUUCCUUCUUCUUCCUCAAUCUUUCAGCUACAGCUACCAUUUAAACUUUGAAAUGUUGACAAAUGCCUCAACUAUAAAAAUGCUUUUUGAUUUCUUUCUUUCUAUUUCUAUUUCUCUAUUUCUCAAAUUGGUGGGUAUGUGGCAGGAUAAAAUGGAGCUUGAAAACCUUGAGUAGAGUGCAGCUUCAGAAUUGGGUUAAAAAUAUUUAUACUUUAAUUUUUACUCUUCAUGUUUCAUUUUUGGAUUGAAUGUUAGGAAAUCAUGUGCUCGUCCUAGAUAUGUGGCGAUGGAAGCGAAAGCAGAAAAGAAAGCAGAAGGUACACGUUUUGGAAACUCCUCCUUCUCUACAGUGUGUAAUGUUAAAAACAAAAGAUUCCUUCCGGUAUCUCAACUCUCAUUUUCUUGUUAUGGCUAUUUGCUUUUGUUAAAACAUCCCUUGCUUUUGUUAAAAAACGUUUUAUUUGGAAAACAUCUGUAUGAUUGUCAGACCAUAUUCCAUUCAUUUAGUUCAAUAGGUCCGGACUAAUGUUUUCUCAUAUUUUAAACAUUGGUAUUAUGUUUUUCACAAUGUUGAGCAUGUGUUAAUUUAACACAAUAAAGCCAUAUCUCUAUAUACGGUCUUUACCUUCUUCCGCAUUAUCUCAGUUUUUUUUUUUAAGCUUUUCUGUAAGAAAGUUGAUUAAGUGGUUUUGUUGUUGAAACAUUUCCCACCAAUUAUGUGCAGUGUAUUUAAAAUUCCAUAUUUUACUUUAUUUUGUGAUUGUGAUAUCAAUUAUGUACGUUUUAUUAUAGAUCUAAAUUUCUUUUAUCUUUGUUUGUGUAAAGGUUUUGUUGUAAAUUACAUUCGAGCAUUUAUGAAAAAUGAAAAUUAAGGUAUUAAAAGCAAAACCAAAUGGGCAA